UACAACAUUAUCUCUUUCAGUGUUGGCUGAUAUCAACUUUCCAACCCACACUAUCUGCAACGGUAGCGGUCGCCCGAAGGAGUACAGGGCAGAUGGAGUGGGCAUCCCGGCGCUGCUGGAUGCGAUUCUCACCCUUAUGCCCCUUGAUGCCUACGUCGAAAAUCCUGUUCAGCUGAUGGACCUUACCGAUGGCGACAAGGCAAAGGGUUUCCAAGUGCCGGUAUGGGAAGAGUACCGCAAGAUUUGUGACAAACAUGAAUCUGUACCAGUGAAUUUCGAGAAGGUGGAGCGCUUUGAGUUCUAUGAGAGAGCCAAGAAAGUUUAUGCCAUCAUCCACACAGGAGAAACUGCAGCCUAUGCCAAUAUUCUCCUGAAACGAGGAGUCUGCUAGUCACCCAUGUGUACUUCUCUGGAAAAUGUAGUUAGCCUCUGUCAGAAACAUCACUAUAACCUUCUUUCAGUCUUAGAAUGUGGACUUUGAAAUUUAGCAUUUGUUAAAUAUAGUAGGUAUUCCAUAAGAUGUUAACACUUUAGUACUUUGAAAAGCUUGUAACAAAUUAACCCAAAAAAAGCAAAAACAGUAUAGUUUGACUUUGCAUUUUUCAAUUGUAUUCCUUGAAAAUUUUGACUUUAUUGUAAAUAUCUGUCUUCAGAGUUAUGCCAAAUAACAGGAAUGUUUGUGGCACAACACUUUUUUGGAGAAUAAAGAAGAAACCAGAA